CAUCCUUGUUCGAUCGAUCAUUAGACAAGAUUAUAUGUACCAUUGUUGCUAGGGUUUGUCAAGAGCAAGCUUCACUUGCUAAUUUUUGCAAAUGUUCUCUUCAACCACCAAUGCAUAUCUCCUCCCACGCCUCUCUCCUCCUCCUCCCUUUCUCGGCGUCGGCGAUGCCACCGAUUUCUUCCUCCAGUACCACUCGGAUCUGCUCCUGACCGACACCCUUUUCGGCAUGGUAGUUUCAAACAAGCCUCCGGCGAGAAACCAAGAAGCCAGUACUGAACUCAAUGGACAAAGUUUUGGUCCAAAGAGCGCGCUGCCAAAGACGAAGAAGGCCGCGAAGAAGCACAAGCACAGCAAGAUUUUCACGGCUCAAGGGCUGAGGGAUCGGAGAGUGAGGCUCUCAAUCGAGACGGCUCGCAAGUUCUUUGAUCUCCAGGACAUGCUAGGGUUCGAGAAAGCAAGCAAAACCAUUGAUUGGUUGCUAAAAAACUCGAAGGCAGAAAUCAAGGACCUGCUGAACAAGGUGACGGACGGCUCGAGUGGUGGUGCAAAGAGGAGUACUCUGACUGCUACUGCCCCUGGAUGUGAAGUGGCAUCAGCAGGAGCCUUUGACGAUACCAAGAUGAAGGAACUGGAGAUUAGUACUGGUGGCAAGGGCAAAAAGGUCAAGUUACAGAGAGAUAGGGCUGCUGCAUUUGAUGAGAGAUAUCUUGCUGCAAGAGAGUCUAGGGCAAGGGCAAGAGAGAGAGCCAGGGAAAGAACAAGAGAGAAGAAGAUCUUGAGAUCCAAGUUGAAGGGAUCUCCAAUUUCCAGUGAUGAGCAAAAAAAGAUUUCAGAAUAUGGUUUCAAGUUUGUACCAAGCUUCGGAAGGCCUGCAACAUCGACAGCCAAUGGUAACGUAGUUUAAGGUAUAGUUAGCCCUGCAGGUUACAAUAAAGGUAGUAGUGAUGGUCUUUUGAUGAAGCAAGGCAGAGGAAGUGGUGGUUCGAUCAGAUCGGUUGGAUUCACUAACCAUCACUGUGUAGUCUUGCCCAUGAAAGUUGCCAUCGAAGACAUUCCCUGCGAGAUUGAUCUGUUAGGAGUCAUGAUUUUCUUUUUAUUCAUAGAUUGGCAAAUGUAGUUGCAUAUACUUUGGCAACUUCGGGUUUGCAAGAUUCUGAUAUUCAUAUUUGGUAAGCUAGGCCUCCUUAUUUGUUAUUGAAUCCUUUGUGGAACAAUAACCGUCUUCUUUGA